ACUUCAGAUUUACUGCAGAUCCUUUUUUUAGGCCUCGGUGUCGAGACGAAGACUGUCAAGUUGAAAGGAAAGACAAUCAAACUACAAAUAUGGGCUGCAGCCGGACAGGAGCGGUUCCACACCAUCACCGCCUCUUGCUACCGUGGUGCCAUGGGCAUCAUGCUGGUUUAUGACAUUUCUAAUCCUAAAUCUUUUGAUACCAUUAGGAAUUGGCUUCGAAACAUCGAAAAACAUGAAAAUAUUGAUAUUGAGAUAAUUAUCUUGGGGAACAAUUGCCACAAGGAAGCCCUGCGAAUGGUUCCUCGAGAAGAAGGAGAAGCUUUCGCCCGUGCGCAUGGGGUCCGCUUCUACGAAACAUCAAUUGAAGAGAACCUCAACAUCGACGAAGCCCUUCUGGAUCUGGCUGAAGCAAUCCUGAACAAGACCUUGAGCCGGGAGCGAAGUGAACCACAGGACAGGGUUCGCCAAACGAAAGAAAAUACGACACUAUGCUGCAUAUGCUUCUGAAUCUCUUACCUUUUUCGCGUUGAGGACGAUCUCGGAAUUCUCUCACACAACAAUGAGCAGCAAUUCGAAAAAAGCACAAAGCUCAAAAUGCACAUCUUGCGUUGCACAUUAAGGUUCUCAAUUGUUCAAGUAAGGACAUUGAUUGCUUCUUGUUUCUGUUUCCUACAUGAAGCAUGUGAACUGCGAACGUGUAGCAUGUGAACGUCGUGCAUGAACUUCAUUCCUUAUCCACUGCUUAUAUUUUCUGCCUUUGCCACUUGCU